AUGGCCGCUGUCCGAGUCGGCCUAGGGUGCUGUCAGCCCGCGCGCUGGGCCGCUGUGUGGCGCCGGACCCUGAGUAUCUGGUCGAACGAGACUCUCUGCUCUGGCGGUUCAAUGACAGCAGCUCGGUCGGGACUGACUCGGGCGAGUGCAUCCGUGUUGACCUCGAUGCGCCAGCUUAGCUUGAGCGGUCAUCGGCCUGCCGCUGCCUCUGUGACAUUUGGUGGGGACUCGGCCGUCAUUGAAAGCCAUGAAAAGGAUGUCAAGUUUGUGGAUCACAAGUCGAUCGUCGUGCGUGGUGGGCGAGGCGGCAACGGCUGCGUGGCUUGGUAUCGCAACUCAGCGCGCACCAGAAAAUUUCCCGAGGGAGCAGAUGGGGGCCGAGGCGGCGAUGUAAUUCUUGUUGCAGAUGGUGGAAUGAGUACGCUGGCAACCGUGCCCCCCGUCAUGGUGGGUUAUGCAGGCAAGCCGGGUGGUAGCGCAAACAUGUUGGGUGCUGCCGCCCCACCACGGCGCAUGCGCGUGCCCGUCGGCACCCUCAUUCAUCGAGACGGCGAGGUCGUAGCUGAUCUGACCGAGCCUGGCCAAGAAUUUCUGGCCGCUCGAGGUGGGGCGGCUGGCCGUGGCAACACGGGUGGACUGGAACGAACGCGAGCCCAGCAGCCAAUGGAUGAGCGUGCCGUGGGCAAGCCUGGUGAAGACAUUCGGUACCUUUUUGAUCUGCGAACCAUUGCCGACGUGGGGCUUGUUGGGUUGCCCAACGCGGGUAAAAGUACCUUUCUCAAUGCCGUCUCCAAUGCGCACCCGCGGAUUGCCGAUUUCCCUUUCACAACUCUGAAUCCACAUUGCGGCGUGGUGGACUUUCCAGAUUACUUUCGGUUGCGCAUCGCAGACGUGCCUGGCUUGAUUGCUGGAGCCUCGCAGAAUGUGGGCCUGGGCCACCGUUUUUUGAAGCACGUGGAGCGCAACCGCAUUCUCGUCUACAUUAUUGAUGUCAGUCGCCCAGACUGUUGUGAGCAGUUUUGUAUCAUUCGUGAUGAAUUACAAGCGUACAACCCGGCUCUGGUUGAGCGACAGACGUUGGUCGUGGCAAACAAGAUGGAUCAGCCAGCUUCCGCAGCCAAUUUAGAGCGCCUCGCUCUCACCGUGCCCGAACACAUCCCCAUCGUUCCCGUGGCCGCAAACCGAGCCCAGAACGUGACCACCGUCACGCGACUCUUGCGACGCAUGAUCGAAACCUCUGGCGAUGAACGGCCUGCGGUCUUUCGCACGUCUCCGCUGAUCAAGGCACCAGAGGCUUGAAGUAGGCACGCAUAUCAUGGUAAUGGGUGGCUUGCUGGCAGCGUUUCAACCAGACUCGUCA